AUGUCCAAACUGGCCCAAAUGUUACAAGAUGACAAAGAAAAUGAGAAAGAAUUGGAAUUGUUGCUAAGUCAGCACUUGACUAGAAGCAGAAGUUCUUCAGUGAAUGAAAGGAGUUCCUAUACAACUGAGCCAGUGAGAUUUCCAAAUGAACUACAACAACUGGGAGACAAACUAGAGUAUGGCUUGAUUAGACAACCUCUGCCUAGAAGCUCUUCAACAGAACAUGCUUUACCAGACAAAGAACUGCAGAAUAAUCAAACAUAUUCCAUUGGAAAUGAUAGGCAGUUAUUACUCCCAGAAAAAUGCAGUGAGGUUGACUCACUAAAUAAAAGUGCAUCCUUAGAGUGUUUGCAUCCAAAUGAAACCUAUUCCUCACCAGAAUAUUGGUCUGAAAUCAAGAAAAACCAGACUGCCUAUUUUCCAGAUAUUGUCUCAAACAAUUGUGGAAUGCAUCAAGCAUAUGUUCCAAGUGAUAAAUUUAAGAAUGUUCCAGGAAAUAAAACAAAAGAGACAUUAUUCAUAGGUGAGGAUGAUUAUAACUUCAAAAAAGCAAGGGAGACGAUUUCCUUAGAAGAUGUUGAAGCAGGGAAGUUAAAAGAAAAUGCACUGAAAAUAAAGUAUAAUAAUAUCAAAACAGUUCAGGAACAACUUAAACAGGAAAUAGCUUUCAAAAUUCCAGAGUUAAAUUCAGAAAACUUCAUCAGACAUGAACCCCAAAGAGAAAAAGCUGAAAGCAAAAACAAAUUAUGUGUAAACAGAGGUUUAAAUAGUGAUGCCAUAGCUAAUGCUGAUGUCACAGAAAAUUAUUUGGUAAUCUCUUAUUCAGAAGACAUCGUAGAAGAAAAAUAUAAGUCUGAGUAUGAUGUUGAUAAGGAGAAAGAAAUCAUGCUGAGAAUUUUAGAGAACUCUCCAGAAAAACAAAUAUCUCCUACCAACAGAUAUAAAAAACAUGUCUUAUGUGAUAAUUAUGAAAUCAACAGGCUAACUAAGUCACCUCAAAGGGAAGAAGUAAUGACUUCCAGUGUCCCAGGUGAAAUAAAAGAAGAGCAAAUGUCAAAAUCAACAGGGCUUACAUAUUUAAGUGACAGUGGAAACUCAGAUAAAAAUAAAACAGAAAGCAAAAGUUGUAUUAUAGAUGAGUCAAAUUCUGACUCAAAAAAAGAAGAAAUUAGAAUCCCUGAGAAAGUUCAUAAUACACUUUGGGAGAGCCAAUCCCAUGUUGUACCACUAGUUGAUGAAAAUAUCUUUGUGCAAUCUAUAUUAAUAAAAACAAAGGAAAUGUCUGGUGGUAGUAGAAAGAACUUAGAAAAAAGGAAGUACAGUCAGAGUGAUAAUUCAGCAAACAGAAAUAUUUCUGAGAUAGAACCCCACCACAAUGAACCUGACGUGGUUAUUCUUAAAGAUCAGAGUACCUGGGACAGAUUGAUGAUUCAAAGGUGGAAUGGCUCAGAAAGUCAGUUGGCAGAAAGGCAAAGUGAAGCAAAUAAAAGAGUGCAGAUGAAGGAACUAACAGGAGUUGAAGCCAUGGGGGGUAUUAAUGACAAUACAAGAUGUUUGAAAGUAAGUCCCACAGAUGAACUAUUUACCUGCCAAGAUGCACUAAGGUAUGAGGAGACUUCAGUCACUAAGCAUGUUAGUACAGGAGAGACAGAAGCAGUUACAGCUGCUUAUAUAAUUAAAAUGACAUCAGAGAGCAUUCCUGAAAAAAUGUCUGCAGGUGAAAAAGCAGUAAUUGUUAAGCUACCCCAAGAGAUUGCACUAAGUGACAGGCCCACAGAGAAAAAGGAAAUAGUAUUUGAUAUACAUGAAGGAAGAAAUGAUGGGUCACAUUAUCCUCUUUGUCAAUGCAAUAGAGAGGGUGUAUUAUGUGACACCAAAUUUGGAAUAUCUGCUUCAGGUAUUAAUAAUGUGCCCACAUAUGAAACAGUACAUAUGGAAAUGAUUUCAACACAUGCAACAAAUGAAAUGUUUGCUAAAGCAGAACAUAAUUCUGUAAAUAAUUCACCAUCAACUGAAAUGUUUUGUCCUUUUUCAGCAGAAGGAAAAAUUGUUUCUGAACAAGGGAUGCAUUGUGAAGUACCAUUGAAACAUUCAGAACAUUCUUCACAAGGCUUACACAAUAAAGAAGCUGAAGAAGGAAGCAUCUGGAGUUCAUUUUCUCACAUAGGUCCCACAACUGAACCAAAAAUAUGCCAUUUGGAUGAAAAAUUGGUGGGAAGCUGUUAUAAAAACUCCUCAGUGAUAUCUACCAAAGGCUUGGUAAGCCCUCCUACUGCUGAAGUAGAAGAGAUGUUGCCUCCACCCACAGAGGCUUCAACUAAAAUUGAAGCUCAAUCUGGAUGUAACUUCAACCCAAAAGAUGAAAUAACUCAUGUUAUUCAAAAUAUCAUUAAGCCACAAGAAUUUCCUCCUAGUGAGAAUAGAGAAGGAAACAUAGGCCAGUUUCCCCAUCAAACAGAGUUCAGUCCAGAAAAACAAAUAAGGCCUACAAUUUUAAUUAGGGAACCCACUGAAGAAACAGAAGAGACAAACUUACACUCGGAAGGUUUAAUAACCAAAAAGAAAACGAAUAUUGUCAGACACGAUAAACAAGCUUUUUUUGAUCAUACAGGAAUGUCUGGCCAGCAAAAUGAAAUUUAUAAUUCACCUGCUGAGUGUCUUGUGCUAAAGCAUAUUGCUUACAAGAUACUUUAUUUCCUUUUGUUCAUUGUAUUUUGUGUAACAUUGUAUCAUUAUGAUUUAAUUGUUUGCUUUGUACUUUACUUAUUUUCAUUGUGCUGGCUAUAUUGUGAUGGUAGGAGAAACAAAAACUCCAUCAAAAAGGAAUAG